AUGUCUUCAUCAAACGUCGAAUUGAUCGACGACGACUCUGGGUAACGUUUUUUUCCGUAAUAACUUACGUUAUUAAUGUUAUUUUUAUAAUUUAUAAUUAUUAUAAUUAUACGGUAAUGUCAACGGUGUAUUAAGGUUGUUGAAACACGUGAACGGUUUUUCCUACAUUCUUGUCUGGUUUCAAUUUUUCUUAUGUGGGAAUGGAUACAUAAUUAGUCGAUACUAUUAAAAAUUAUUAAGCAAUUAUCUAUUAGAUAUAAUAAAUAUGUACAUAAUAGAAAAAAUAAAUGUAUAUUUUGAGGUGGAUUAUUUGGUCCCCGCAAUAAUAUCUCAACAAUAAGUUUUCAAUUUUUUUUUCAACGUGCCUACCUUUGGUUUUUAUUAUAAAUACAUACUAAGAAACAAAAUUGUGUUGCCAUAUAAAGUUGUUAUCGUUAAUCAUAAUUUGAAAAUCGGGGUCUUAUGGAGUUGAAAUGAUUAAAAAAAAAAUUUGGGACUUAUGGUCAAUCGAGUUAACUGAAUAUGAAAUAAUUGGGGAGACCAAUUAUCUUAUUAUGUGGAGCCAACCUACAAGACUUCACAGAACUAAUUGUUUAAGAUCUAAAUGACUUAAUACAAAUUUUGAUGGGUUAACAUGAAGUGAAACACUUAGGGUACCUACUUGUAUAUUAUCAUCCGCCAGCACAAUAUAAGAAAUUUAUCUCCACGUAACUCAUGUUUGUUGUCGUUGGUAAGUGUGUUGUCUUGUAAUAAUUUUCACUUUAAAACCAUUUGAUAUUGUUAUUGAUUUUGAAAUUGCAAAAAAAAACAUUUAACUUGAUUAAUAAUUGCUAUAAUAAUAGUCGUAAUUAAGACUGGCACAACCGUAGAAAUUUGUUUGAGCCAAUAGGUGACCUCACCAUAGUUCCCCUUAUUGUGAUUACUACUCUUAGCCUAUUUAUUGUUUUCCGAAUAGUCCAAGAUAGGUUUCCACUUACUUGUAAUUAUUCAAUAGGCGGAACAGGCAUGUUAGUUUGCAUUGACUUAUUCCAUUUUCUUAGUUUGAGCUGGGUUUUUAAUACUAGCCCUCUCACAAAUUUUUUUUUUUUUUAAAAAACGUGUAUUUCAACCCAUAUUUUGAACAUAUUUAAUUUUUUACGUAAACCAUUAUUAAAAAAAUGAUGUCAAAAGGCUGGAAUAUCAACAUUAAUUUCAAUUUAAAGUUGUUAAGCCAAUUUAUAAAGGACAUUGAUGGUCUAGUUUCUUAUUGUUGAUUUUUCUUUUUUUUUUAUUAUCUAUGAGUAAUAUUAAAUUUAAAAAAAAAAUGUAACAUGUAUUAUUUAUAACUACAAACCUACAGUCUUGCAGUGUUGUAGGAUAAAGAGAUUAGAUAGGAUUUGAGAGGAUAAAUCGCCCCUCCUCAUCAAUUAAUUUGUGUAGGUAUUUGCUAUAUAUAUAUAUACAUAAAUUGAAUACUGUUAGAAAAGUGUUAUCAGUCACAAAAAUAAAAAUAAAAACACUUCAUGGUAAAUAGGGUAGAAUAUAACAUUGUGUAUAAUAAUUUUAGUGCCCCCCCCCCCCUUAAACUAAAUCAAAUAUGCCACUACAGUCUUCAAAUCACCAAAAAUUCUAAAAUAAUAGUUUAGAAAAAUAUCCCAUUAUCUUCAACAUUAAAAAACUCAUAUUAAUUAAAAUUAAAAGAAAAUUGUUUUUGAAGUUGAAGUAUAGAAUUUUAAGUUUUUUUUUUUUACUUUAAUACAAAUUUCUUCAAAGAAAUUAAUACGUGUACAAAAUCGGUCAAAAUUUGUGAGGGCCUAGGCAAAGUGCACUUUGGCCCUGAGUUUGUCUGAUGGGUUCCAGGUAGUCACAUUGAAUUGGCAAUGAAACUUCUUCUUGAUUUACGUUUCUUUUGGAUUACUAAACAACCAUGCGUAGUUGUCUUUGUUCCAUGGUUUGUUUAAUUUUUCCUAUACACAUGGCCUUGUGUCUUCGUAUUCUUGUUAAACGGUAAAUAUAUUUUAAUGAUGUUUGUUACGGAAUUCAGUUUUUUCUCUAAAAGUUAUAUUGAGUACUGUGUCUGAAUGUUUUGUAUGUUUUAAUUGUCUGUGGACUGGUGGAAUUAAUUAUUUUAAUUUUGAUAUUCUUGCCCUAAAAAACUCAUGUUAUCUGUUUUACCUACCUAAUAGUUUGUUGAAUUUUAAGUUACAAAUAAAAAUUAAUUUUAUGAAUUUGACAUAUUUUAAUUUUAUACUCAACUAAUGAAAAGAGUUGCCCUGAAUUUGGAAAGGUUAAAAUCUUUACAUACCUAUUAUAAAAUAGUAGGUAAAAUAAAUAACAUGUUCAUAGACAAUUAACUGAUAUUGUUGAUUUAUUUUAUUUCAUUAGUUUUUACACUAAAUAAGAAUAAGUAUCAAAUUAUUAGAUGUGUCAGAUUAUCAUAUAGCCAGAUAACUAAGACUACUGUACUUUCUAAGAAAUUUUUAACCUGUUAUCAAAUAAACAUUGGGUGUAAAACAUUUGAUAUAUAUGUAUAAACAUUAAUUUUUGUUUUAGUAUAGUUCUGGUUAGGAACAAUUUAGAAUAAGAAUACAAACAGGUAUAUAAUUAAUACUUUGGAGGUGUUUUCAUAAAAUAUAAUAUUACUAAUUUAUCAUAAUACUGAUAAAAGUAAUUUUUCUAAUAUAUUAUAUGAGUAGCCAAAUAAAGAAUUAUUUUAACUUAUGAAAACCCUCUUUGCAUUUUCUACAUAAAAACUCCAUUCUCCUUCAUUUGGUUAAUAAAACCAUUUUAGAAUUAUGUAUACUGAAGAGCCAAAAUAUAAACGAAUACGUUCAGAAGAUGACGAAUCCCGCAAAAUAAAUUUGACAAAAAAAUCAUUCAACCCAAAUUGGUUGAACUUUACAAUGUUCAAAGAUUGGUUGUUGCCUCAUAAACUGACAGAUAAGGCUGUAUGCAAGGUCUGUCAUUGUGUAUUGGUUGCUGGGAAAAGUGAGCUUGAAAAACAUUUAGCUACACGCAAACAUGAAAGAAAUAUGGAAAAAAUCAAUGGUUCUGCUGAGCAUGCAGAUGAUAUUGAAACAUAUACAAUCAUGUCAGGUAGAGUAUCCUACACGGUAUUUGGUGUGUAGUAAAUUGUGUAUUCUAAACUGUCCUUCAACAUGCGUAAAUGUUAUUUAUCAACCUAAUGAAUAGGGUCAGAAAAUCUUAAGCAUCAAAAACAGUCAACCUAAUUUUUGAGUAUCUAAAUCAAAUUGUAUUGUACCUAAAUGUUUGAAGUAAGUACUUUUCAAACAAAUACAAUUGCUUAUUUGUAGCUGUUUGAAUUAUUUGUUUUUAAUAAUAUGUACUACAUUUAGCAAGAUAAUUUAUAUUUAUUGUCUUGUUGGUCUUAGAUCAAUUAGGUCUUGUGCCUGUGAUAAAUAAUUCAAUCUAAAUUAUGAAAUUUAUUUUAUUUUAGGGUCAUUCAAUUAUUUUCUGUAAUGAGUAUACAUAUUUUUGUUGAACUUAAUUUUUUUUUUUAAUGAUAAGAAUGUUUUAAAUUUCAAUUGUUUAUAAUUAUUAAUCUAAUAAGAAAAAUUACAAUUAUUUUGUAUUUAAUGGACAAUUAUUUAAAAAAUCAAGUUAACCUAAUACUCAAGUUUAUGUUUAUGCAAUUAUUUUUUUUGGUAAUAAAUUUAUUGUAAAAAUUAAAAAAGAUAUAUAUAUAUAUAUACCCUUAACUGCUAUAUGUUUUAGAUUUUAAUAAUUAAGGUUUUAUAUCUCAUUUAGUUAUGUUAACUAAAAGGCUCUAUUAUUAAGAUAUUUUAAAGUAAUUCGAUCACUCAAUCAAUUUAUAAAGGGAAACAAAGUAAUAGGUUAGUUAAAUAGUUUAUAUGUUAUUAUUUUUUGCAGCAGAUGAAAUUCAGUAA